GGUGUGAAACGAAAACCGUUGAUAAUGGAUAAGUAUGAAAAACUCGGGAAAAUUGGCGAAGUAUUAAAUCAUUUUCAGUUAGUGGCUAUAAAGAAAUUCGUCGAAACAGAAGACGAUCCAGCAAUCAAAAAAAUUGCUUUAAGGGAAAUACGCAUGCUGAAGCAACUCAAGCAUCCGAAUUUGGUGAAUUUAAUUGAAGUUUUCAAGCGGAAUCGUAAAUUGCAUCUUGUUUUCGAGCACUGUGAUCGUACGGUGCUUCAUGAUCUUGAGAAAUACCCCAAAGGAUGUCCAGAAACGUUGAUAAAGAAGACAAUUUAUCAGCUCUUACAAGCCGUACAAUUCUGUCACGCACACAACUGCAUACACCGUGAUGUUAAACCGGAGAACAUUCUUUUGACACGCAACGAUGUGGUUAAAUUGGCCGAUUUUGGUUUCGCUCGAAUUAUAAAUACGAACGAUCUCUAUACGGACUAUGUGGCGACAAGAUGGUAUAGAAGUCCUGAAUUACUGGUCGGUGAUAUUCAAUACGGUCCACCGGUGGAUGUUUGGGCGAUAGGAUGUGUUUUUGCUGAGAUGAUCACUGGUGAGGCGAUAUGGCCGGGACGUUCCGAUGUUGAUCAACUCUAUCUUAUUCGCAAAACAAUGGGUGAAUUUCUGCCUCGUCAUAUGCAAAUAUUUCGUUCCAACCAGUUCUUCUACGGUCUUUCAAUCCCUGAACCGGACGUAUGCGAGGAUCUCAGCACGAAACUGAACACGACACCAGUUAUCAUUGAUUUCCUUUACAAAUGUUUUGAUAUCAACCCCGAGAAGCGUUGGUCAUGCAGUGAGUUGUUGCAGCAUGACUAUUUUCAUGGUUUCACCUAUCGAAUACCGUCAUCUGAAAAUGAGUCUCCUGCAAAACGGUCGUCCGGUAAUUAUUUACCGUAUCUGAAUGGUGGUCAAUCAAAUGAACCACGUUCGCUGAUUCCUCGUCUGCACACAAUGAACAAUCUGGUGAUGAGUCGAUCAUAUCUCCCCUCAAUCUAA